AGCUGAACGAAACCAGCGAAGGAAGUCUGAACAUGUCCAUUGGUGCCUCAUGAAAGACUAUCUUAUACCUAGACUACAUUGUGCUCUGGUGUGGGAAUCCAGUCCAAACACAAACCGCUGGCUCUCAGUGUUUUCUAUCACCGAGUCAUCGUCAAAUGCGCCGUUUAAAAGAGUUUGCAGCAUCUGCUAACAGCAGCUAGGCUAGUUCAGCGAGCUAACCGGCAGCAGGCUGUUUACGGUCAGAGAGCCGGCUGGGAGAAAGCCUUGCAGGUGGCCCGUUGGCGUUAAUGAUUUGUGGGACAGAUGGUUGCGCAGUGAACGACGACAGACACAGGACACCUCAAGUAUUCAACAAUUCGGGAAAAAACCAGCGUGUGCGUCAGGCUAACAUAACAGUGAGGUAAAUACUUUAGCUAACAGCUAACGUUCGGUGGGUUAACCCCCGGGGGAGUUCGAGGUGUUUCUGGACCAACACGAGAUGGCCAGUAAUCCCGUGGCAGGCUUUAACGGCCAGGCUAAUGGAGAGAAAACACCGGGACCAUUGUCCGGUUCUGGCCACUCAUGUCAUCACCAAUCCGAGACAGAAACCGACGCUGGCCCGAAUGUGAAAUGCUUAUCGCGGCUGUGCAGCAGGGACGAAGACGAGCGAGCGGCGGCUCUGGAGGAGCUGAGCCAAGGGGUUGUGGUGCGUUUAGGACUGGACCGGCGCGGUUCGGCGCGGCUGAGUAAAGAAACACUCCUGCAUCUGCUUCGGCUGUCCCGGUCGUGUCCACUGCAGGAGGUGCGAGGGAGAGCGAGCGAGCUGCUGCGGACCGCACAGGAACAAGGAGUUGAAGUCCCUCGAUCUCUGGCAUCAGGUCCAAGUGCCUUUAUCCCUGCAAAAGAGAUGUUGAAAGAAGGGCCUGACCAAGACAUCCUUAUCGAAUCGUUUCUCUCAUUGGGUCGCGUGGACCACAUCACCAUGGUGAUGGCGCUGCACCCUGCUUACCUCAGCUGCUUCCUCAAGACCCAGCAUGCUUUGUUGGAGGUGGAUGGCCCCUUGCCCCGUCACUGGAGACAUUACAUUGCAAUCAUGGCCGCGGCUCGACACCACUGCUCGUACCUGGUGCAGCAGCACAGCGCUGGCUUCCUGGAGGCCGGAGGGGAGGAAAGCUGGCUGAGCGGACUCAAGCACGCUCCAACCAAACUCCGCAGUCUGCAAACACUCAACAGGCUGCUUGCACACAGACCCUGGCUCAUCACACAGCAGCACAUCCAGGAGCUGGUGUGUCCCGGCGCAGAGCCUCGCUGGUCAUUGGCUGAACUCAUACACGCUGUGGUCCUGAUGGCGCAGGCUCACUCUCUCUCCUCAUUUGUGUGGGGCUGCGGCCUAAACCCUGAACCCGACCACAUCGGAGGUUACACCUUCCAACCUCCAUCACCCAGCCACCUGCAUCGCAGCCCUCAUAGUCCCGCCCACGAGGACAGCAGGCAAGAGUUGGUUGACGGAGCGAUGGAGGUGGAGGUGUUGAUGAAGAGGAUGGUGGAGCUGCAGCAGCAGCAGGAGGAGGAGGAGUGCACACAGGAGGAGAUGGUUACUCGGUUUGAGAGGGAGAGGAGCGAGAGCAUACCAACAGCGGUGGUGCGGGGAGCACCGCCGGAACUGGUGCUGCGUCUGGUGGAGGAUCCAGAGUUCAGAUACGAGGACUUUGCCCCCAGAGGAGAGCAGGCGCCGCCCACCAUGAGAGCCCAGGACUACUCAUGGGAGGACCACGGCUUCUCUCUGGUCAACAGACUGCUGCCAGACAUGGGCCAGCUCCUGGAUGAAAAAUUCCAGAUUGUGAGCAACUUGACCUACCACAGGAUGGCAAUGCAUGAAGGCGUAGACACCCACACGCUGAGAAAAGCUCUGUGGAACUACAUUCACUGUCUGUACGGGAUACGCUACGAUGAUUAUGACUACGGCAGCGUGAACGUGCUGCUGGAGCGCUCCCUCAAGGUGUUUGUUAAAACCAUGGCCUGUCAUCCAGAGCAGACCACGGCGCGCAUUUACCACACCUUCUGGAGACACUUCAGGCACUCUGAGAAGGUUCACGCAAACCUGAUAGUGAUGGAAGCCCGGCUACAAGCAGCGCUUCUUUAUACCUUACGAGCCAUCACACAUUACAUGAGAUGACGCACUCGAUCACACACUUUAAUGCAGAUGCUGAGCCAGCUGUGAAUUAACACAGCCCAAUGCAUUACUUAACGCGGAUAGACCCAUACAUGCACACACUACAGUGAAUGUUUGUAUAUGCAUAUCUUAUGUUUCAGUGUUAAUGUUUUGAUGCUGCUUUGCGAUAUAUGACAUUUAAAAUAUGUUACUUGUUUUGCACUGAUGCUGAUCAGGUUAGAUUUCCCCACUUGAGCCUCAAGUGUUGUUCUGAAUAUCGUGCGCCUGUUUCUGUCACAUAAGCACAUAUCUACAUGAAGGUAGAAUCGGGUCAAGUAUGACUAAAUCAACAUCAUUCAAGUGUUUUUCUUUUGCAGAGUUUUAGUUUUUUAUUCGACACAUCUGUUCAGGCCGAUAACUGACCGACUACAGCUGUUUCUCCCCCUACCAUGACUACUCAUGCCUCAGCCCUCUGUCUCUAGAGGCUGACAUCAAAAAAGACAAAAUAACUUGUAUUUUUAUAUACAAUAAAAAGUUACAUUGUUAUCAAAAUUAAAA